ACGCACCGAGCGCCAUCCCUUUUUCCCUCUCCUCCCCUCUCCUUUUCUCUCUCUUGUCGGUUCCAUCAUCCAUCUCGCCCGCCCAGCCAAACAUAUCUCCCUCUCUCGCCCCAACGGAACCAACGCACACGAAUCAGGCCGCCGCCGCGGGUGCACCACAAUGGCCGGCAACGAGUGGAUUAACGGUUACCUGGAGGCUAUACUUGACAGCGGCGCGUCGGGUGGGGGAGGCGGAGGCGGUGGCGGCUCCGGUGGCGGCAGCGCCGGCGCCGGCGCCGGCACCGGCGGGGGUGACCCGAAAUCGUCGUCGAGCCCCCGCGGGCCGCACGUGAUAUUCAAUCCCACGCACUACUUCGUGGAGGAGGUCGUGAAGGGCGUCGACGAGAGCGACCUCCACCGGACAUGGAUCAAGGUCGUCGCCACCCGCAACGCCCGCGAGCGCAGCACCCGCCUCGAGAACAUGUGCUGGCGCAUCUGGCACCUCGCCCGCAAGAAGAAGCAGCUGGAGAUCGAGGGCAUCCAGCGGAUGUCAGCGCGACAGAAGGAGCAGGAGCAGGUGCGCCGCGAGGCCACGGAGGACCUGGCGGAAGAUCUCUCCGAGGGUGAGAAGGGGGACAUCGUCGGCGAGCUGAUGCCGUCAGGGACCCCCAAGAAGAAGUUUCAGAGGAAUUUCUCCGAUCUCAGUGUCUGGUCCGAUGAGAAUAAGGAGAAGAAGCUCUACAUUGUGCUCAUCAGUGUGCACGGUCUUGUCCGUGGCGAAAACAUGGAACUGGGUAGUGAUUCAGAUACCGGAGGACAGGUGAAAUAUGUUGUGGAGCUCGCGAGAGCGCUUGCAAUGAUGCCCGGAGUGUACAGAGUGGAUUUGUUCACUCGCCAAGUAUCGUCCCCCGAGGUAGACUGGAGCUACGGGGAGCCAACAGAGAUGUUAACCUCCGGUCCCCAGGAUGCUGAGGGGAGCGGUGAGAGUGCAGGGGCAUACAUUGUGCGCAUACCUUGUGGACCGAGUACAAAGUACAUCAAGAAGGAGUCCCUGUGGCCUUACCUCCAAGAGUUUGUCGACGGAGCGCUUGCACAUAUUCUGAACAUGUCCAAGGUUUUGGGCGAACAGGUAGGCCAUGGGAAGCCAGUGCUGCCCUAUGUGAUCCAUGGCCACUAUGCUGAUGCUGGCGAUGUCGCCGCCCUUCUUUCGGGUGCGCUGAAUGUGCCAAUGGUUCUCACUGGUCACUCGCUUGGGAGGAACAAGCUGGAGCAGAUUAUGAAGCAAGGGCGCAUGUCCAAAGAGGAGAUUGAUGCAACCUACAAAAUCAUGAGGCGUAUUGAGGGGGAGGAGCUGGCCUUGGACGCAGCAGAGCUUGUGAUUACUAGCACAAGGCAGGAGAUUGAUGAGCAGUGGGGAUUGUAUGAUGGCUUUGAUGUCAAGCUCGAGAAAGUGCUACGGGCACGGACGAGGCGCGGGGUCAGCUGCCAUGGCCGUUUCAUGCCUAGGAUGAUGGUGAUUCCUCCUGGGAUGGACUUCAGCAAUGUUGUGGUUCAAGAUAUCGAUGGAGACGGUGAUAAAGACGAUAUCAAUUUGGAUGGUGCUUCACCGAGGUCACUACCCCCAAUCUGGGCUGAGGUGAUGCGGUUCCUCACCAACCCUCACAAGCCAAUGAUCCUGGCGCUGUCAAGGCCUGAUCCGAAAAAGAACAUCACUACUCUUGUCAAAGCAUUUGGAGAAUGCCGCCCACUAAGGGAACUUGCAAACUUAGUUCUGAUCAUGGGGAACAGAGAUGACAUCGACGAGAUGCCUCCCGGCAACGCAAACGUCCUCACCACUGUCCUGAAGCUGGUCGACAAGUAUGAUCUGUAUGGAAGCGUGGCCUUCCCCAAGCAUCACAACCAGGCCGACGUCCCUGAGAUUUAUCGCCUCACGGCCAAGACCAAGGGUGUCUUCAUCAAUCCUGCUCUUGUGGAGCCUUUCGGCCUUACACUGAUCGAGGCUGCGGCGCACGGGCUCCCGAUUGUCGCCACCAAGAACGGCGGUCCGGUCGACAUUACAAAUGCACUGAACAGUGGGCUGCUAGUGGACCCGCACGACCAGAACGCCAUCGCCGACGCGCUGCUGAAGCUGGUGGCCGACAAGAACCUGUGGCAGGAGUGCCGGAAGAAUGGGCUGCGCAACAUCCACCUCUACUCGUGGCCGGAGCACUGCCGGACGUACCUCGCCAGGGUGGCUGGGUGCCGGAUUAGGAACCCGCGCUGGCUCAAGGACACGCCGGCGGACGCGGGUGCCGAUGACGAGGAGGCCCUGGAGGACUCGCUCAUAGAAUUCCAGGACCUGUCGCUCCGCCUCUCCAUUGAUGGCGAGCGGUGCUCCAUUAACGAGCCCGCCUCGUCGGAUCCACAGGACCAGGUACAGAAGAUCAUGAACAAGCUCCAUCAGUCGUCGUCCGGAGCUCCAGAUGCUGCCGUGGACAAGAAUCCGGCCAACGUUCACGUAGCUGGCACCGUGAACAAGUACCCGCUCCUGCGCCGCCGUCGCCGGCUGUUCAUCGUGGCUGUGGACUGCUACGGUGACGACGGUCGUGCCAGCAAGAAGAUGCUGCAGGUGAUCCAGGAGGUAUUCAGGGCGGUCCGGUCGGACACCCAGAUGUCCAAGAUCUCCGGGUUUGCGCUGUCGACGGCGAUGCCGCUGUCCGAGACGCUCCAGCUCCUGCAGAUGGGGAAGGUUCCCCCGACCGACUUCGACGCGCUCAUCUGCGGUAGUGGCAGCGAGGUGUACUACCCCGGUACGGCGCAGUGCUUGGAUGCCCAGGGGAGGCUCCGGCCCGACCAAGACUACCUGCAGCACAUCAACCACCGGUGGUCUCACGACGGCGCCAGACAGACGAUAGGGAAGCUCAUGGCCUCACAGGACGGCUCCGGCAAUGUCGUCGAGCCGGACGUGGAGUCCUGCAAUGCGCACUGCGUCUCCUUCUUUGUCAGAGACCCGAAGAAGGUGAGAACUAUUGAUGAGAUGCGGGAGAGGCUGAGGAUGCGUGGCCUCCGGUGCCACCUCAUGUACUGCCGGAACUCGACGAGGAUGCAGGUUGUCCCUCUCAUGGCAUCAAGGUCACAAGCACUCAGGUACCUCUUUGUGCGCUGGGGCUUGGCCGUGGGGAACAUGUACCUGAUCGUUGGGGAGCAUGGCGACACCGAUCGCGAGGAGAUGCUUUCAGGACUACACAAGACGGUCAUCGUCAAAGGCGUCACUGAGAAAGGCUCUGAGGAUCUUCUGAGGAGCUCAGGGAGUUACCACAAGGAGGACGUUGUCCCGGUCGAUAGCCCCUUAGCUGCCACCACACGCGGCGAGCUGAAGUCCGAUGAGAUCAUGCGGGCUCUCAAGGAGGUCUCCAAGGCUUCCAGCGGCAUGUAAAUCUAUUGCCCGGAAGCCUGAUGAUAUCUAACAUCUUCACGGAUGCUAUUUAAUAUCUUCUGUUUGUUCAUAACCGGAGACUGGAACCAUUUCUCUCUUUUCUUCACUACAUAUAUAAUCUUGUCAACACUAGCACGACUACAUCUUGCAGUGAGGAAUAAUUAAGACACUGCUGAUGAUGCCACUGUUUGGCUUCAAUGUUUGUGAACUAAUUCAGCAAUAUAUACGUUUGCAAUA